AGGGCUCCUGUGGCCUCUCGCGAGACUCCUACCCCCACGUCACCGGCAGACCAGACGGCGACAACAUGGCGGAGCGGAGGAGACACAGGAAGCGGGUCCAGGAAGUUGGUGAGCCGUUCAAAGAGGAGAAGGCUGUAGCCAAAUACCUACGGUUCAACUGUCCAACAAAAUCUACCAACAUGAUGGGCCACAGAGUUGAUUAUUUUAUUGCCUCAAAAGCUGUGGAUUGCCUUUUGGAUUCUAAAUGGGCAAAAGCCAAGAAGGGAGAGGAAGCCUUAUUCACAACUCGAGAGUCUAUAGUUGACUAUUGCAACAGACUCCUGAAGAAACAGUUCUUUCACCGAGCAUUGAAAGUGAUGAAAAUGAAGCCUGAUAAGGACACAAAAAAAGAAAAAGAGAAAGGAAAGACUGAGAGUGGGAAAGAGGAUGAGAAAAAGAGCAAGAAGGAAAGUGGCAAAGAUGAAAAGACUAAGAAGGAGAAGGAGAAAGAGAAGGAAAAGAGAAGGGAUGGUGAGAAAGAAGAGUGCAAGAAGGAUGAAAACCCAGGAACACCCAAGAAAAAGGAAACCAAGAGAAAAUUUAAACUUGAGCCACAUGAAGAUCAAGUUUUUCUGGAUGGAAAUGAGGUGUAUGUGUGGAUCUAUGACCCAGUUCAUUUUAAAACAUUUGCCAUGGGACUUGUUCUUGUGAUUGCGGUUAUAGCUGCAACUCUCUUCCCGCUUUGGCCUGCAGAGAUGCGAGUAGGUGUUUAUUACCUCAGCGUAGGUGCAGGCUGUUUUGUAGCCAGUAUUCUCUUCCUUGCUGUUGCCCGCUGCAUUCUCUUCCUCAUUAUUUGGCUGAUAACUGGAGGAAGGCAUCACUUCUGGUUUUUGCCAAAUCUGACAGCAGACGUGGGUUUCAUUGACUCCUUCAGGCCCCUGUACACACACGAAUACAAGGGACCAAAAACAGACUCAAAGAAAGAGGAGAAAUCAGAGUCCAAAAAGCAGCCGAAGUCUGACAGUGAGGAGAAAUCAGAUAGUGAGAAAAAGGAAGAUGAGGAUGGAAAAGUUGAAGCAACAGGCAACUCAGGAGCAGAUGGCUCUGGAGGAGAGCGACAUUCAGACACAGACAGUGAUAGGCGUGAGGAUGACCGAUCCCAGCAUAGCAGUGGAAAUGGAAAUGAUUUUGAAAUGAUCACAAAAGAGGAACUUGAACAGCAAACAGAUGAAGGAGAUUGUGAAGAGGAGGAGGAGGAAGAGGAAGAAGAAACUAGGCCUUUACAUGAAAAAUCCUAACUCACUAUAGUUUUGAGACUGAAUAUGUGCAAAACAAUUGGAUUUUCUUCAUUGGCUGAUCACCAAAAUGUAGUUACAGUAACAUUCUUUCCAUUUGUUUGAAAUACACGUUAUCCAAACAGUUUUAUAUCUAGUUUCUUCAUUUUUAAAAAGCUAUUAGCUUGAUUACUUGGUACAAUCUGAAGUCAUUAAAACACAUUUACAAAAGUUUUGUCAAUUUGACAAGUUUUCUGUCAGAUCCUAUAAUUUGUCUAGAUAGUCGUCAAAACAUACGGAAGAACUUAGUUUCCCUAUUGUCAUUUUCUGGUACUUGCAUAACUUUUCAGUAAGUAUAGCCUACUCAAAAUAGCUUUGUAAAAUGGUAAAAGUUGAAUGACCAAAUCUCACAUUAUUCCUAGUAUAUUCAUUUGAUAGCUAGUUAAGUAAAGCACUUCUUAGUUCAUGGCUCUCUUGACGUUCUUCUUGAUUUUUAUAAAAUUGUAAGAAAAAACUUUUAAGACAACUAGUUUUAGCAGAAGGUAAUUUUAAAGUAUUUUGCUAGACAUACAAGCUGGUAGUGCUUAUUUGGCUGCAGUGUUUUCAGUUGUGUGCAAAUUGUGUACCACCAACUUAAGAAAUCCAAACUGUUUUGUACAUCUGGUUCAGAGAAAGAUGUCAUCUCAAGGAGGCAAAGGGAACAGCAUAGUUUGGAAACUAUGGCUGUCGUCUUUUCCCCCUCACUUCCCCCACUAUCAUAAUUCAAGAAGAAAUGAUUCUGUACGUAAUUUUAAAAUAAAGCAACCCUUUUUAUUUUAACUGUUAAUUAUUUAGAAUUUUUAUCCAAAUUUCAGUUUGUAUAAUUGAAACCAUUUCAGGGUGUGUUUAUCAGAGAAACGCAAGAUGGAGGACCUCACAGAAUCUGUUCGUGAUUGGUAGAUUUGUCCCAGGAGCUUUAGUUUCCUGUCACUAUUCCAUGUAUUUGAGUGAGUAAACUGAUCGUUAUUAAACAAAAGCAGAUAACACAGCUGUCUGUAUGCCUUAAUGUUAAUAUUAACAUUUUCUGUAUUCAGAAACUGGAGUACUAUAUUAACUGAUGAGUAGGCACAUCUUGAGAGUAUUAAUUUGUUCAGAAGUACAGAUAACAAAAAAGCUAAUUCAGAAGAUGACCAGGAUCAAAUUGUUUUCAAAACUGCUGAAGCAAUUUGAAUGUUCAGUUUGUCUCACACAUCUUAUUUGCUAGACUGUUGGAGAACAUUUUGUGUUUAGUUAUAUAAGCAUUUAAAAAGUUAAGACAACAUAAUUCCUCUGAAUCAUUCAAUUUCAGACCAAUUGAAAUAGUGAACACAGAUAUUAUUUCUCCCUGACAUCACUGUGAGGAAAGAAUGCUAGUUGUUGCUUGAAUUUUCAAUAGUUGACAAAACAAUUUUCUUGAAUUGCUCUUUUCCAUUACCAGUGUUUUGAAUGAAGAUGUUAAUUUUUCUGAUUGUGCAAAUAUAUACAUUUUACAUGUGCAUUGAUAUGGUCUAAUUUGCAUAGUACUUCUGAAUAUUUAUUGUAUGGAGAACAGAGAUUGGAUCUGUUAUGCAUUUUUCUAUUGAUACAGAUGAAAUUUUUAUUCACCUGUUCCCUGGCAAACUUUGACAUUUGUGUGUUUCUGGUGUUUACAGUGACUUGUUUUAACAGAUCCAUGGCUACAUCCAUUACCUUAGAUGUGCAUGUGUAAUGGGAUAGUACACUGGCUCAAAACUCCUCUCUCCACUCUGUUUAGCAACUCUUUUCAACACCACACUGCCUUCAGGCAGAAGCUGAUAUCUGCCAUGCUUGCAGUUCCAAUCUCCGUUGCUAGCAUUGGGAACUGAACUGCAGCCUUUGUGUACAACAGUCUUUAGCUAUUUGGUUCUGUGUUGUACCCCUAAACACCCCCUAUUAUCAUAUAUAAAAUGGUACACAUGCAUCUUCCUUUCAGAUGAGCAAGAACAGCAUGGAACCCUUGCUUUUACUAUAAAAUGCAGGAUGGUAAAACCAUUUUGUAGUCUACAUUGAAGCUAAAUUUUGUCUUUAUUCAAGUGAAACUCCCAUUGAGUUCAGUGAAUUAAAAUCAAGACAGACUGACAUUUGGCCUCUGUCUAGUUUUUAAAAGCCAGUUGGAGAACAGGAGAGAGAGAACAGGAGAGAGAGAGAGAGUGUGUAAAAAAAAAUAAAAUAAAAGUGUUAAUACUUCAGUUGAAAAUGGUUUUACUAAUAUUUGAAAAUAAGGUCCAGCAUUUUUCCAAGUAAUUGGGCUAUCCCUGUUUUGAAGCCUUUAGGGCAAUGAAUGUAUCUCUAUUUCCCCAGCUAAAAUGAAAUGACAUCUUAAUAAUCCUGUUGAGAAAAUUAAGUUUAAUCAUUCUAAGUUGGAAUAAUAUUAAAUACCUUUUUAGUAAAGCGGUCACCUGCUGUCUGUGCAGUGACCUAUUUGAAAUGAGCUUGUGAUGGCAGGCCAUUUCCUAGUUAGACAGGUGUCUAGAUCUCAAAACCCUUACCAACCCUGGCAGGAGAGUUCAUAGCUUAACUAGGCAUGGAAAUGGAACUAUCUUCUAAUCCACUGGCUCCCAAACUUUAUUGGUUCAUAUAUCACCUUUUAAAAAGGAACUUUGUGAACUGGAUGGAACAUCUAGCUCAUGUACACAUUGAACCCCUAAUUACCCGUAACCCUAAUUUGCAGUGCUCAGCUCUGAGACACAUUGACAGGGUAACAUGAGAAAGGGUGCACUAUUGUUGGGAGCCGUUUUGUGGACAAAAAGUAUUUCACUGUCCAAUUCUAUUAGAUAUGUCCACAAAUACUAAAUUCACUGUACUUAUUUUAAAAAUUAUUUUAGGGUUAGAUAGGAGAUGCUGGCAUAUCAAAUUGUAGCCACUCAACAAC